UCCGCCAUUGUUGCGUGUCGGCAGCUUUUGUGGCCGUGCUUCAAAGAUUUUGUGAAUAUAUUUAGUGUUGCAAAUUUAAGACACUUUUUCUGAAGUGUGAUUUCAUGAUUUAGCUGUUAUACUUUUAUUAUCAAUCUUGUGCAUUCAAGACCAUACCACCUUACCUUUGUUAAAAGUGGUUUUAGAAGAUGUGAUUUUUCUUGUUAAGUGAUGAAACCUGACUGACUUUGCCAUGGUAUUUAAAAGUUAGAGAUUGUGUUGUGUCAAAAUUCAAUCAAACAUGUCUGGAAGUGGCCCACCUCAUCACCCACAUAACAGACAAGUUCCUAAUGCAAACACGGCAUGGAAUCACCUCCAGGUUCCAAACUAUUAUCCAAGACAACCACAGGUGGCGCAUAUGUCUACGGAUCAUUCCCUCUUACACCAACCUACAUGGCAUACUCCAACUACAACAGAUGCGAUGAAAAUUAUUCCUCACACCCACAUGCUUACAGAAAUGUUAAAAAACGAGUCCCUGUUUCCUAGGGAUUGUGUUGAUCUAAGUUUGACUCGAAAUGGUAACCAGAAUGGAGAAAUCCCUACCACCCCUAUAUCACUCAGUGUGAGAGACACAAACAAAAUCAAUAGUCUGCCUCCAAGUGUGUUGGAUAUUCAAACAACUGAAUUAUCUAAAUGCACUAGUCCCAGUCUGAAGGCAGUCAGUCCCGGGUUAAAGCAAUCAAUAAGUCCCGGGCUUAAAUCUUCAAGCCCCGGACUGAUAGCUAGUCCUGGACUAAAAUCUGGAAGUCCCAGCCAUAAAAGCCACAGCCCAGCCCCGAAAGCGGCAAGCCCUGGCUUAGGAACUGGACUUUUGAGUACUUCCGGAAUGAUGGUCAAUGCAGGGUUAUUAAGUACUUCGGGGUUGUUAGGUUCAGGUCUGAUGGGAUUAACAAGCGAUCCAACAAAGAGUCAGAAAAGGAGCAAUAUUAGGGUUGAUUCCAUUUUGGAGAGGUUGAAUCCUACUGCUGAAAAGGUAAUGCCAACUCAGGAACUAAAGCAGGAAAUGUCAGCUGCCGCAAAAUUGGAGCUGCUGGCGGCGAAUAAAUUGGAAAUUUUGAGUGUAAGCAAGCCGGAAACUGCUACUUCCGUUACUUUAAAGUCAGACCUCUCAGCGGUAUCCAAAAUAGACGCAAAAAAUGAAUCCACUAUGUCCAAGUUGGAAGUGGCUGCCGUUAGUAUUAAACCCGUAUUAGAAACCAAAUCAGAAACGGUAUCAGCUCUGAUGAACAAAAGUGAAACAAAAACCGACUCUGCUCAUGAAAAAGUACCAAGUCAUGGUGUUAUUGUGCCACCUACCACCAGUUUCGAUGAGAAUAGUAACUCAAGCAGCAUUGUAAAUGUGCCCACAUCUUCUAACAUUAAAGAAGACGACUCCGGUUCCAUGCACAGUAACGAAGAUAGUUUGGACAGUACAAAGUCGAGAAGAAAGAGAAAACCAAGUAAAACAGUUCGGGUUUCAAAAGAGGAUGAGGUGAAAUGUGAGAAAAAUAAGGCGUUGGAAGUACAGUUGUUGGAACUCCCAUCCAAUGAGGUCAAACUCGAGGAUAAGGCAAUAAGUAGUAUCCUGGAAGAUACAAAAAUUCCUGAACGACGACAUUCAUCAGACGAUCUCGAUACCAUCAUUCCUGCCAAAACUCGAAGGAAAGCGUCGUCCGAGUCUGAAACAAUCGACAACAUUGCCGCCAUGGUGCAGGAAGGAUUAAAGAAAAGUGAUGAAUGUCAAUCGGAGACCAUUGAUAAUAUUGCAGCAAUGGUGCAGGAAAGUAUAAAAGAAAAAGAGAAAGACACAUCCGAGACCAUCGACAAUAUUGCGGCAAUGGUUCAAGAAGGAUUAAAAGAAAAACAAAAACUUGUUGCCACAGUGGAGCCUAACCCUGAAGAUGUUGAGAAACAGGUUCCUGUAACGGAGCCGUUUUCGAUUGAACCCACUGCACCGCUUAGCGGCAAACCCGUCACGGUCAGCGUCAUUAAAAGCAAGAAGAAUUUGGCGGAAAGUACGAGUAAUUCGAACGUGGCCGUAGUUGUCGCUAGCGUCGCAGCCGAAACGACGUCGACAUCGUCCCUAGUGAUGACGCCGGCCCAAAAAAAAGCGACCAACACUCAUUUCGUAGAGGUGGAAAACAAGCUGGAAGAGAUGUUUGCUGGGAUUGUGGAAGAUCCGUUAAGCGCGUCAGGUGAUCCGUUGAGUGGCGACCCACUUAAAACUGAUAGCCUGAAUGUAACCGAAAAAUUGAACGCCGCGGACGAUCAUUUGUUGAGAUUAAACGAGUCGGUAACGUCGACCAGCCAGGAUACAUCGAUCGAUGUUAAAGACGAUAAAAAGGCGUCGCCGAAGAAGGGGAAGCGAAAUAGGACGCAGGCGAGGACCAGCAGCGAUGUGUCGCUGGAGAGGACGCCUAAAAAGAAAAGGUUUACGAAAACGAAACAUUCGGCGUCCAAAUCAAAGAAAAACUCGAAAUCCGCUGGUGUUGUCACUACGCUAACGAAAUCCAAAAAACUACCUCCGCAGGUACCCGCUCCGGCUGUGGUCCUUCCAAAAAUUGCGUCGAAAUCGGAUACCUUGAAGGACGUGUACGCUUAUGAUUCAGGAAGCAACGCGAGUUCCAGCAGAUCCCGGGGUCCUUUUGUUCAGAUUAAAGGUCCGAGGGAUUCUCCCAUUUCCGUCAGCGUGGUAAACACCCCGUUGGGUGGCGACGAGGACGGCGAUAGGAAACCCUUGAAAGCGAAAAAGUUUCAUGAUGAUAGUGAAUACAGGCACAAGGUCAGAUCAAAAGGUCUGCACUGCAGCACAUUGAGCAACAAAUACGACGCCCAGACCAAAGACGCGACGUGGAUAUGCGCGUUCUGCAAAAGGGGCCCCCACGCGAGCGAACUCACAGGACCAAGUCUGAUCGGGGAAUCGAUCCCUCCGGGCGACUUAUUCGGCCCCUACAUCAUUACCACCCAGUGUCCCGAGUUUGAGAGACGACUGGACGACCCCUACGACAGGCAAUUCAAAAGCAAGAAAAUCGGCAGAGUGCUCGACGCCAAAGCGGUCGUACCGAACAAAUCCAAGAAGUCGAAACGAAAGCACUCGGAAUCGGGCGAUCCGACCGACGUCUACCUCGGCAUCACCGAUACGGGUAAUAACACGUACGAGGUGUGGGCGCACGAGGACUGCCUCGUGUGGUCCCCGGGCAUAUAUCUGGUCGGUCCGAAGCUCGUGGGUCUCGAAGAGGCCGUCUGGUCGUGUUGUAACGUGCCGUGUUUGGUGUGCAACCUGAAAGGUUCCAACAUUUGCUGUAUCAAGAGGGGCUGUUUGAAGAUGGCGCAUUUGUGCUGCGCGCGGGCCUCUCGCUGGCGGUUCGACGACGCCGCUUUCAAGGCCUAUUGUCCCGAGCACACGUUCCCGUGACGUCGAAGCGACUGAGUGUGAUCCCAUAGAGACGUAGGGCGAGAUAUUUCGACCACUGGUUGUUGAAAGCCGGUCUGCAGGGCGGUUUUUUUUUAUUACCAAUGGCCCUUAAAGUUUUUACAGGUUGGACGGGAACGAAAUGAUUUUGCGCGAAACUUGAGCGGCCCUUUUGGCCUCUUUGUUCAUCCUCAGCGUUGUUCUUAUACGUUUUAAAUAAAAUUAUGAAUGAUUAUCAUAGCAUUUGAUCGAUUCUGGCCGGUAACGGCCCUUUAUGGUUCCCAGAAUCGUAAUCCCGCUGUCUCUGAUAUUUGGCACGCACGUGCUGGACGUUUUGUUUUCCUCAAUUCUUAUUAACAACUGCAAUUUGGGGGACUGAAAGGAGUGAAUCGGAAUUGAUCUUAUAAUUGAGCUUUUUAAAGUUGCCGCUAGAGGCGCUGCAUUAUUAUUAUUAUAAUGGUCCUAACUAUAUUACACUUUCUUUGAACAAAAAAUUAAAUAACAUUCAAAAACAAAUCUUUUUCAAUAGCAGAUAUAUUGCCAUAGCAUUUGUUCAAAUCAAAAUUAUUUGCCCAAAGAGUACAUAUUUACAUGUUAGAUAUUUUAAAGAGGCCGGGACUGAUUUGAUCUACUAAUUUUUAAUCCCUUGGGUGUUAUUGAUAAUCUCAACUAAAUCAUAGGUAAAUUGGCAAGGUUAAAGUUACGAUGACGGUUACAUUGGAAGAUAGUUGGCAAUUUUAGGAGUUGUUAAUAAUCUCUUUUUGCUGUUUGCCAAAUUUCCAUUCAUUUUGCUAAUGGAGGGACCUUUAUAACAAUUUUGAAACAUUGAAAUUUGUAUUAUUUUUUAUGUUCUUAGAAUUUAGUUUCUGAGAAGCCAACAUCAACAUCAAUACAUGAUUUGAUGAUGUUCGGUUGCUCAUGUAUUGUUGGCUGAAUUGACCAAAGUAGAGAAAACGACUUACAAUAACCAAAUUUAUCAUUUUUGUUCCUUUGUAACCAGAUUUAGAUAUUUGUAUUUAAUAAUUUAAAACAAGUUUUUAAACCAUUCGGAGGCAAAAUAUGAUAAUGGAAAAACAUAAUUAGUCUGAUAGAUUCGAGUAUAUUUGAGAAGCUACUUAAUAGGUUCCAGCAAAUUUUUUCACCAUAAUACUUUGCACCUCUGGCUUGUUCGCCAAUUGUUUGGAAUUAUAGAAUGGUUCCGGACCAAAUUUUUUUUUAGAUUUUUGAUUGGUGCCGAAACCCUCGUUGAUCCCCGUGCAUGUGGUGAACUUUGAAUUUUGUAAGUCCAUCAAUAAUAAUACGAUUUGCUGUAUCUGCCAGGCCUCACUUUUCAAACCAUGUUUAUGUCGCUGGCGAUACAUCCACUCUAUCCUAAAAACUGAAAUUGAAACAAAUUGCCAUAUUCUUAAUGACAAAAAACAGUUUUUUUUCUUUCGAAAUUGGGCUUGUAGAAAAGACAUGUUUAUCUAGAACCCAUAAAACUACAAGAUAAAUUGAAUAUAGAGGCCUUACCUAUCCUGAAAACACAGAUACAUUCAAUCAUGUUGCCAACUCAAAUUUUUGAAAUUACGCUCAUUGAUUAAAAGCUGCACUAAUGUAUGGCUUUGACCACGGUAGAAUACUUUCAUUUCUAGAUUAUAUCUAAGUAUGUGGUAAGAUAAUGCAACUUUCUAAAAUACACUAACACACAUUUUUUUCGUAUUCCAGGCUUCUAUAUGCUAUUUUGUCUAGUAACCAUAAAAGCUGUGGUUUUGUCAUCCAUAAUUCAUUGUCUCGACUGCUGCUCAUAGUGUUUUCUCCUAGCAGAUAUUAUGUACAACAAUAAUGGUAAUUUGUGGUCAUCAACCGCUCUGCAGACAACGUAUUUCAGUUGGCCAUAUAAAUAUUGUUUUUAUUGUGAUGAUUUCGUAAUUUUAGGGGGGUUACGUUUUGUGACUUGAAAGUUUUUUUUUAUCGAGACUCUAUUUUGAAACAGUAAAAAAAUCCGCGAGUACCAUUCUAUAUUGUUUUUGUACAUUUAUUUUUAUUGAUUAAACGAUAUUUAUUGGAUGUAAUUUGUAUAUAGGACAAAAAAUAACUGUAGAUUAUUUUAUACAAACUAUUUAUCGCAAUUUAAAUGCGAUUGAUUCUAGGUCAGUUUUUUAUGUGACCAAUUUUUUAAAACAUUUUUGUUUAAUGCUAAGUAACUCGAAGACUUGUCGGCUGUCAAACAGUAACCAUUACGUUUUGGUUAUUGGAUACAACAAUGGAAAAAUCUAGAUUUGAAACCUUUUUUUUUUAACAGUACUUUUUUUUUAUUGUACAUUUGACUAAAAAAUGCUCAAUAAAAGUGAUUGUAAUGCGACAUUAUUAUUAAUGCAAUAUUUAGGUUUUUUUUCGUAUAACACGCAGCUUUGAGAGAUAUAUUUCUGGACUACGAAUAAUUUUAAACAAUAAUCAGGAUAUCUACCAACUUGGCGUUUGUCACUUAAGUGUUUAGUAUUUUCUCAGUAUCAAUAUGAGUCACCUGAUGGUGUUUGAGUCCAAAAGACUGUCAUUUUGGAGACUAAAACUGGUAAUUUUGAGACAUCUGAACCUUUUUAGUGUUUCAAAAUAGCAUUUUGUUUUCAUAUACAUUUUCUUGUAAUUAAUGUAAAAAUAAAUGAAACAAGUACAUGUCAGUAACAGUGUAGAACUAUUUUAGAUCAUACAUGUAUGAUAAUUUUUAAUGUUUAAAGACCUUUUAGGAUAGGCUGUUCAUAGACUUUUUUUCUUGAUAGCGAUUGGAAAUUUGUAAAAAAAAUAUUACGCUUAUUUCACAUUAUCCCCAUUUUUUGUAUAAAAAGAAAAUACUCCCGAUUUUUAAACUGUAUACUGUAUCACUGUUCCAUCGGUUAAUAUAGAAUGACUUAAAAAUUAUGUGUAUAUUAUGUAAAUAACAAAAUUAUGUUUUGGGCAAGAAUAUUUAAUAAA